AUGCCUCUGUCUACCUUUCUUCCACCUCUAUACACUCGUCCUACACCAAACUACGCUCAAGUGCCUCCCCAUCUUCGCACCAGAAUCACUCCUCCACGCCGCUCCAUGCGCGUCCAGUCUGGUAUUGGUACAUCGAAGUCCAUGAACCCUAAACCUUUUUACUUCAUCAUUUCAGACUCUGAGAGUGAUGACUCUUCUGAAUCGUGUCCCCCAGUAGAAAAAUCACCAACACAAACUGAACCACAAAGAAACACGAUGCCUACAUUACCAACACCUUCACCACAAAAUCCACCAAGGACUACUAACCCUUCGACACCCUCAAAAUCGGCUUUCUCUUCUGAACCUUCACACGCGACUCCUCCCCAUCAAAAACGGAGAUCGUUAAAUGACAUCGUUUCUCCUUCUCCAAACCAAAAAGAACCACUCUCUCAACCAAAACCACCAACUAAACCCAUGAGAACCAAAAACACAAUCACUAUUGCUCAGUUUCUUGCUAGAAAAAAUCUCCCAAAUCCUCAAAGAAAGAAAACGCUUGCCCCAAAACAAAACCUAAAAACCAGUCAGAAACCAACUUCUCCAGAACAAGAACGUUCUCCAACUGCUCCUCCACAAGAACGUUCACCACCACAAGAACAUUCUCCAACUGCCCCUCCACCAAAAUCUUCUCCACAAAAGAAUUCCAAACGAUCUUCCCCUAUAUCCACAUCCUCUGAUUCUGAACCAUCUCCCCCAACUAAGAAACCAAAACAGAAUGCUCCUCCUCUAAUCUCCCUUGCAAAAUCAAAACUCUUCAAUGAAAAAUGGGCUCAACGCCCAGUUGGGAUAGGAAGAAUCUUUGUUUUUGAUAAUCUGGUUGUGGAUGACAAUGCUGUUCAGCACCAUACGGAUGCUCUUGGAUGGACCUCUUUCUUAAAGAUCUCUGAAUCCUUUUUCCCAGAAGUCGUUUGUGCUUUCUACUGCAAUGCCAAAACCUUUUCUGACAAAUCUCUUUUUAUCUCAAAAAUAAAGGGAGUAGAAAUUAGAUUGACUCCAGACAUUUUGGCCAACAUUCUUCAGCUUCCAACAGAAGGGCCGUCUGUCUAUGGUGACAACUGGUAUUCAACUCUGGGUCUUAGAAAGACAGAUGUUCAGGCUGAGCUAUUUGAAGAAAACUCCACACGUUAUUUAGCCACUUACUUAAAGCCUCUUCCUAAAGUCUUCAACAAUAUGUGUCAACAUACUCUACUUCCACACUGUGGAAGUCAUGAGUACGUUUCUGAUAAUGACGCCUUGCUCAUCUAUCAUCUGUUAAACUGCAAGAGAUUGAACUUACCUCAUGUUAUUCUCCAGCACAUGAUCUGUGCAGCCCAGAAAGAUUACAAAAAGAAUACUGUGCCUUAUGGCAUGAUCCUGACUAAAAUCUUCAGGCAUUUUGGAGUAUCUCUUGCAUUGAAAAAUCUUUGA